CCAUGACCUAUCACUUCAAAUCUACGUUAGCUUUCUCACCAGCCGAGUUGACCCACCGACAUCGAAACACGCCCUACACGCCGUGCGUCGCGUGCCGUGCGUCCCGGGCCGUCAUGGCGCGGGCGACGUUCGGGUCGGUGCUGUUGGUCGUGGCGAUGGCCACGCUCGGUUGGCUGUGCUCGAAAGUCUGUUCCUUCGAGCUGUGGGCACUCUUCUCGGGCAUCAGUGGUCUUUUGUUGAUGUGGUGCCUUGCACAGCGACCUUUGCUUUGUGUCUCCUUCUUGUACCUCUGUGGCUGUGGAGUUCUGCUCGUCCGGGAGACGGUGCUGAUUUUUACAGGACAGGUGCCGUGUGGUUUGGUGACCUUUGGGGAUCAGUGCACUGACACCCAAUGUGUGAAGAAGAACUAUGUCCUUUUCUUUGAAGCUGGGUGUGCAGAGUAUGCCUGUGUGCAUACUGAGCGGCAGGAGGUGCAGUCGGUCUUCACGAUCGAUCCGCAGACCUUACACAGCUUCUGGGUGCUGACGGGGCUCUGCUUGUCCUGGGCAGCCGUUUGCUUGAGUGCUCGUUCCAUGUUGAGAUGGAUGGCCCGGUCCUAUGGCGCAUAUGCAGUCAACGAACACAGCUUGAAGAUUGCGCGAUACACCGCGGUGGUCUUGCUGGUGCCACCCACUUAUGGGACCUGUGCCAUGUCAGCUCUUCGGGUGAUCACCAUCAACCGCGAAGAUACGUGGACAGCAGAGUCCAUGAUGGAUGUUGCUGAGCUCUUUUCCGCCUGCGCAUUGUAUGCCUUUCAGAGGUUGCUGGUGGUCUACGUGGAUUGUUUGAGCCCAAGCUUGAGUCUGGAGCGGACCUUGGACCAGGGAGACGUCGACAUCAAGAAUUCCUUCAAGUUGCAAAGGAGCUUCCAGUCGGUGAUGUCGUUGGGCAUCAAGCAGUACGUGGUCCUAGCCUUUGCUUGUAACCUCUUCUUGGUGGCGGUGAAAGCCUGGGACGUGCUCCAACCCGCUUCCUGCCAGGAGGCUUUAGCCUUUAUUGCUCAUCGGGGAUUCCCUCACCACAGCAUCAGCCUGGCGGUGAGUGAGCAGAAGCUGAACCAGUCGCUCCAUACGCGUGCAACAUCGUUGGCUUGUGAGGAUGUUUGGAAUUCAAGCUCUUUGAUGAUUAUGACUGCUGAUUUCUUCACCUGCAGCAUCGCCCUCUAUGCAAUCCUUCAGUACGAGCACGCGUUCAAUGAAGUGCUGCAUGCUGUGAACCCCUUCUGGAAGUUCUGGGGCGUGAAAGGCUUGCUCUCCGUAAACUUCCUCCAAAGCACGAUUCUGGCCGCGGUCUCCUGGAUGACGUCCAGCGAUGCAGCUGGCUUCGUUGCGACGCUCUUGAACUAUCACCUCCUCUGUGCGGAGUCAUUUGUUCUUGCUUUGCUGAACAUUUCAGCCUACGCUGUGCAGGAUGAGGAGGAGAAGACCUCCGAUGCGCCGAUGGAGGACGUACCCGAUGAGAUCGAAGGAACCCAGAUGACCUGCUUGAAGGAUCCUGAGCAGCCAGACCCCCAGGUCAUGGGUAAAACGAUGGAGACCUAGCCCCGAUUGGCCGCUGAGUGCCACCAGGCAGGUCGCAGCACCCUUUGGUGAGGCCGGGAACGUGGAUGGCAUCUGACUGGGGAUCAACUCGGCACAUGCCAAGGCUGAGGGUUGGCCCGAGGAGGCUGAGGCGAGACCAAUCCAUGCGAGACUGAGAGAGGUGCCCGACUUCAGGGCCACAAGCGGAAGAUCUGGUGGCCACUAGUUUUGCCACUUGCUUGCGAGAAUUCCAGUCCCUAUGGAACCACUGGAGAAUGCUUUCUUAGAAGGGACCCC